AUGAAAGAGGAAGAAGACGAAACGGGACUAAAGAAAAGGACGAAACUAGGACGGAGCGAAGAGAGAAGAUCCACACCGACCUCCGGCGAGACUGUUCACAUCCCUGCCUCUGCCGUUUCAGCUUUCAAUGCUCGCUGCCUCUAUAUAAAGCUCCGCCAUCUGAUCUCACUUUUUUUCCCAGAACGUUUUCCCCAAUUCCACACGGCUCACUGUCAAUUCGUGACUACGAUUGAUACCCGGAAUCAUAGCUCCGACAUUCUCUCCAGAAUUGGAUUCGAUGGAGUAAGCGUCACCACCACCGUAUCGGGGAACGUCAAAGACAGCAGACUAAACAGACUAGAUGCAAUUUCCAAAGAAGUAGAGGCAGAAUUAGUCUCACGAGACAUCGGCCGCCACUCGGUUCAAGUCCUUGAAGCUGUGAACACAGUACUCUUCGACCUGAGAGGCUUCAAGAGGACAUCUAUUCCUUUAGACCCCAAAUACUUUUACCUUCACUCUGUACUUAACUGUAGAUGCGGCACUGCAUUUUUGUUUAGCGUAAUAUACAUUGAAGUUUGUCAGCGCCUUGGUGUGCCUAUUGUGGGAUCUCGCGUUGGGGAAGAUUUUUUGAUUUGGCCUAGGACGGAGUAUCCUGAAGAACUCUUUAACACAACUUCAGGACAGAGCUUGUUUGGUAUUGUCAAUGGACGCUGCGUUGAUGAUCCUAGAUCCAUGGCAUCAGAUUUAACCGCAAAGUCACUACAAGACUUGGAUAUUGCGACGAACAGAGACAUUAUAGGGAUUGCUCUCGCCAAUUUGAUUAGGGUUCAUUGGAGACUUGCGUCGAGGUCAUCUCCUGGACUAAUGCUGACUUCUCCUAUUAGUCAACUUAACAAAAUCAGAAAAUAUGAUAUUCCAUUGCGGCCUCAAGAUCUUAGGUUGGCUAUUGCGGCUGCAGAAAGGCUGUUGAUUUUGGAGCCUCACAACUGGAAACUUCGCAGAGACCUUGGCAUGAUGCUCUACCACAUCAAGCAAUACGGAGAGGCGAUUCAAGAGCUAAGCAUAAGUAUGGCCUUUGCAUCUGAUGAAGAGGAAGUAAAAGUGAUGAAGCUUUUUGUAGAGAAACUCCAUCUCCUUCGUCUUAUCUCUACAUUGGAGUCUCCGGUUAAUGGCUCUGAUCGCUUGACCGUACCUUGA